AUGGUUGAAAAAGUUUAUUCAAGUUCACCAAAGCAACAAGCUGAUGAAAGAGUUUAUUCAACAACAGGAAAUGCUGGAACCUAUAGGGAUAGCUACGAUAUUUCAGUUAAACAACAACCAGCUCAUUUAACAUUUGAUCAAACACCAAUGUAUUUAGAAUUGAAUGAAAUCGCUAAACAUAUUUCAGUGGAGAGAGCUCAACCAACCGUUAACAUUGGUCGUGCCGCCGAUUUAAUUCAAGUUAAACAAGAACCAGUUCAAGUCCAAGUUCAACAAAAUGCAACCGAUGUAAAUGUUACCACUGAACAACAAGUUAUCGAAGUUCAACAAGUUGCUCCAGAAGUUGAAAUUGAACAAUAUAUGCCAAAAUUCUAUCUUAAAAUGCCACCAUUCCGUGUUCAUUUGGAAAUGGACGGUGCUCCUGAAAUCAUUAUGGAACCAUAUCAACCUUCCAUUAAAGUUAAACAAUCUGAUCCAAUCGUUCGUGUAACUAAACCUGAUCCAAGAGUUUUAGUUACUGAAAAUCCACCAAAAAUUGAUAUCAUUCAAAAUGCUUCUUCUGUUGAUGUUAUUCCUUCAACUAAAGCUUCUAUCCAAGUUAAAGAAGAUAAACCAAAGAUUACUAUUCAAGAAUAUAAUCCAACAAUGACAUUUAGAGAAGGUGAAACUAAAUUUGAUUAUAAAUCAUUCCAACCAGAAGUUCAAUGGGAGAAUCCAACACCAAAGGUUACAGUUUCACAAGGUGAACCAACAAUUAGAGUUUCACAAGAUACACCAUCAAUCGGACUUAAGAAUAGAGAACCAUCAGUUACUAUCAAUACUAAAGCACCAAAGAUCGAUGUUCAUCAUCAUCCAUUAUCAGUAUCUGUCGUUGAGCCAGCUACAACUGUUCAUUUCGGUAAUCCAAAUAGCUAUGCUGCCGCUGCCGCUCAUCAACCACAUGAACAUAAUUGGGAAGAAAUUAAAGCAAUUAAAGUUGACCAACCAUUAGAGAAAAUCGGUCAUUUCUAUUCCCCAUCUGAAAAGACCCUAACUUCAUUCAAUUUAUGGAAAAACAUAUUAACCUCAACUGAAAAAGUUAUUGCAAACAAAGGUGUUGGUAGAAAUUUCUUUACCCUUAUCGACACUCAUGAAAAUAAAAUCUGUGAAUGUUUCAAAGAGGAUUUAGGUCUCCACAGAUUCAAUCUCAACAUUCGUUCUUCAACUGGUGACCUUUUAUUCAAAGGUGAAUCUCAAGGUCGUACACUUAAACUCUUUGAUACUCAAGGUACUUUAUUCUGUACCGUUGAAUGUAGUAAAGAUCAAGUAGAAUGUUUCAAUGAUAAAGGUCAAUUAUGUUUCAAUUUAUUACCAAAUUCUAUGAAAUGGUUCUUUGAUAUUAGAAACAAAGCUCAAUCAACAAUUGGAGCACUUAACAAGAAUGGAAGUAAAACUGGAGGAUAUAUGAUGGAUUUCCCAAGAGAUUUAAUUCCAAAUGAUAAGAUGUUAUUAAUUUCAUCUAUGUUCUUAAUUGAUGAUUGUUUCGAAUAG